UUUAAUCCUUUUGUGUGUUUAGUUCACCUUGUGUGAUUGGGUGUGGAGAGCGGGGGAGGGGGGGUUUCCAAACGGAGUGAAAUUCCCAUUCCAUGGGUAUUACCAUGCCCCUGGGGUUGGGAGUUCUUAAAGUUUUAGCAAGUCUGCAAAUAACUACAGAACACAAUAGAGUCCCCCUCCCUUCCUCUCUCUCUCGCUGUCUCUCUCUCUCUCUCUCUCUUUUUUUUUUUUUUUCUUUUCCUGCUUCCAAACGCCUUCUUCGAGGCUGAAGCUGGGCAGGUCUCCAAAGGUGCAGCAGCCACAACAAUCCAGCAGUUCAAAGUUAGGUAGCAGUUGCACAACUUCUAGCAACUCUCUUAGCCGGCUGCUAAUGAGCUGAAAGCCAGGGACGUUUGAGGAGGUGAAGAGGAAACUUUCAAUCCUCUUCCCUUCACCGAGAAAUCCGGAUACCCACCCCUCCACCCCCAUCUCCAGAUAACUUUGAGAUAAGACCCUUUCUCUUGGGGGCCUGGUGGACCAUGGCUCCCUUUGGAAGGAACUUGCUAAAGACUCGGCAUAAAAACAGAUCUCCCACUAAAGACAUGGAUUCAGAAGAGAAGGAAAUUGUGGUUUGGGUUUGCCAAGAAGAGAAGAUUGUCUGUGGGUUAACUAAACGCACCACCGCUGCUGAUGUCAUCCAGGCUUUGCUUGAAGAACACGAGGCUACAUUUGGAGAGAAACGAUUUCUACUGGGGAAGCCCAGUGAUUACUGCAUCAUAGAAAAAUGGAGGGGUUCAGAGAGGGCUCUUCCUCCACUAACUAGAAUCCUGAAGCUUUGGAAAGCCUGGGGAGAUGAGCAGCCCAAUAUGCAAUUUGUCUUGGUUAAAGCAGAUGCUUUUCUGCCAGUUCCAUUGUGGAGGACAGCGGAAGCCAAAUUAGUACAAAACACAGAAAAAGUAUGGGAACUCAGUCCAGCAAAUUACAUGAAGACAUUACCACCAGAUAAGCAAAAAAGAAUAGUGAGAAAAACUUUCCGGAAACUGGCUAAAAUUAAGCAGGACACAGUUUCCCAUGACCGAGAUAGUAUGGAGACCCUAGUUCAUCUGAUUAUUUCCCAGGACCACACCAUUCAUCAGCAAGUCAAGAGAAUGAAAGAGCUGGAUCUGGAAAUUGAGAAGUGUGAAGCUAAAUUCCACCUGGAUAGGGUAGAAAAUGAUGGAGAAAAUUAUGUCCAGGAUGCAUAUUUAAUGCCCAGUUUCAGUGAAAUUGAGCAGAAGCUGGACUUGCCUUCCGAUGAAAACCAGAGUCUGGACAACCUGACUGAAAGUGAUGGAAUUGUACACCUGGAGGAGAGAUUAGCGUAUUACAGAAUGCUCAUUGAUAAGCUCUCUGCUGAAAUAGAAAAAGAGGUAAAAAGUGUUUGCACAGAGAUAAAUGAAGAUGCAGAAGGGGCCACUGCAAGUGAGCUUGAAAGCUCUAAUUUAGAAAAUGUUAAGUGUGAUUUGGAGAAAAGCAUGAAAGCUGGUUUGAAAAUUCACUCUCACUUGAGUGGCGUCCAGAAAGAGAUUAAAUACACUGACUCAUUGCUUCAGAUGAAAGCAAAAGAGUAUGAAUUCCUGGCCAAGGAGCUCAAUUCACUGCAUAUUAGCAACAAAGAUGGAUGCCAACUAAAGGAAAACAGAGGGAAGGAAUCUGAGGGCCCCAGCAGCAGUGGGGAGGUUCCUUCCUUGACUCAAAGAGUAUUUAACUUGUAUACAAAUGACACAGACUCAGACACUGGUAUCAGCUCUAACCACAGUCAGGACUCGGAAAUAACUGGAGGAGAUGUGGUGCUAUUGUCAACAUAAUUUGAAUGGCUUGUUUCUGAACUACUUUAACGUUCAUGUUUGUUUAAUAGGAAAGUUUAUUUUAAAUAUCACAUUCUGAAAAAUGAUGUAAAUCAUGUUGAGUAUCCAGUAGUUAGUAAAAGCGAGAGAAAGUUUAUUUUUGAUUUAAAAGUUCCAAAGUCACCUAAUUAUUACAAGUUCAGACGAGGAGAUGUUUAUUAGGAAUGCAACACAAAUAGCUUGCAGGUGUCUAACAGAAAUGAUUUGAUGGGAAUUAUCAUCCCUUAGAGCUUCUGUGAGAAAUGAUUUACACAAAACUAAUUCUUAAUAUUGCAGUCAAUGUAUUGAA